AUGGCAACUGCUGCUGAAGAAAAAAUUGAAAUAGUCGAAGUAGAUCCCGCAACCCUAAAUCCACUUUCUCCUGAAGUCAUUUCAAGACAAGCAACUAUUAACAUUGGUACUAUUGGACACGUGGCUCAUGGAAAAUCCACUGUUGUGAAAGCGAUCUCUGGUGUUCAAAACGAACUUGAACGUAAUAUCACCAUAAAAUUAGGAUAUGCUAAUGCAAAGGUUUAUAAAUGUGAAAAUGAAGAAUGUCUCAGACCUGGAUGUUACAAAUCGUAUCGAAGUGAUAAGGAGGAACAUCCAUUGUGUGAAAGAGCUGGAUGUGGCGGGAAAAUGAAAUUGUUACGUCAUGUUUCAUUUGUAGAUUGUCCUGGUCACGAUAUUCUUAUGGCUACCAUGUUGAAUGGUGCAGCUGUUAUGGAUGCAGCUCUUCUAUUAAUUGCAGGAAAUGAAUCAUGUCCACAACCACAAACAAGUGAACAUCUUGCAGCAAUUGAAAUAAUGAAGCUUAAAAAUAUCAUAAUUUUACAAAAUAAAGUUGAUUUAUGUAAAGAGAGUGCAUGUGAAGAGCAUUACGAAAGCAUAUUAUCUUUUGUAAAAGGAACUGUUGCUGAUGGCGCGCCAAUAGUUCCAAUAUCGGCACAAUUAAAAUAUAACAUUGAUGUUAUUAAUGAAUAUAUCGUCAAGAAAAUUCCCAUCCCAAUACGCGACUUUACAUCUGAUCCUCGAUUAAUUGUGAUUCGUUCAUUUGACGUAAAUAAACCAGGUGCAGAAGUCAACGAACUCAAAGGUGGUGUUGCGGGUGGUUCAUUAUUAUGUGGUGUUUUAAAGGUUGGUGAUGAAAUUGAGGUAAGACCGGGCAUUCUUACAAAAGAUAAUGAGGGGAAAAUACACUGUAAACCUAUUUUUUCAAGAAUUGUUUCUUUAUUUGCUGAGCAUAAUGAUUUAAAAUUCGCUGUACCUGGUGGAUUGAUUGCUGAUCGUUUAGUUGGUCAAGUAUUAGGAUCUGUUGGUAAACUUCCACAAAUUUACACAGAACUUGAAAUUAAUUAUUUCUUGUUAAGAAGGUUAUUAGGUGUUAAAACUGACGAUAAAAAACAGACAAAAGUAUUGAUGGUUAAUAUAGGUUCAACUUCAACAGGUGGACGUGUGUUGAAUGUAAAAACUGAUAUGGCAAGAAUUCAGUUGACAAGUCCGGCUUGUGAUGAAACUUUAUCUUUGUUUUCAUGA